AAACGAUAUUGGUCUUUUCCGGAACUCAAGUGUUGGGUUGAUUGAGCUCAAAAGGGAUGGGUCGAAUAAGCAUCAGGCUUUUUGUAUUAAAAAUAAAAAGAUUUACUGCUUAUUUCUCUGCGCAAGUUCCCAGGAAAACCAGCAAUAAAGAAGAGAUGAAUCGGAGCUUAGAAUUCAUCAAAGCUUCUAAUCUUCUCGGUCCAAAGCGUCUCCCAACCGUUGCCAUAGUCGAUGUGAGAGAUGAUGAACGGAGUUCCGAUGGUCACAUAGCUGGUUCGCUUCACUUUUGUAGCGAAACAUUUAAUGCCAACAUGCCCCGCCUUGUUCAUGCUACCAAUGGAAAAGAUACCCUUGUGUUCCACUGUGCUUUUAGCCAGUGCACAGUGUGUCCCUCCUUUCACAAAUCUCUGAGCCUGCCGGUGCCCCUAUCUAAAGAUACGGGGACCAAGGUGUGCACGAACGUUUGCAGAAUAUCUUUCUCAAACGGCAGAAAAAGAUAAUACAGGGAUAAAGAGGAUUAUGGUUUUGGAGAACGGCUAUAAUGGUUGGAAAGGAGCUGGUCAUCCUGUUUGCUACUGUACUGAGGCCUUCUGCAAGAGUUACACGGAACCUGGGAGUCAAAAGCAUAGCUAAACCUUAACGAAUACUACGUAUUUGGCACUUUAAGGAACAUCUAUUUCCUGAUCUCUGUCAACAUGAGAAUGAAAUGUCAGUGAUUACAGUCUGAUGCAUGAACUUUGAACUCUCCUCAUUUGUGUAAUCAAUCAUAAUAUGCAUUCAUCUUAAUUUACUGACGUCUCUCUGAGAUAUAGCUAGUGUGUAAAUGUCAAUUUUGUAACUCAGAUUUGAAUUUUCAUUCGGUUUUUUUACUAUUGUGA